AUGCGCAUCUAUGUCGAUUUCAGAAAUCUUAAUAAUGCUUGUCCUAAAGAUGACUUUCCUUUACCGAUCACCGAGCUCAUGAUUGAUGCAACUACUGGGCAUGAAGUUCUGUUAUUUAUGGAUGGCUCUUCUGGAUAUAAUCAAAUUCGAUUGGCACUUGAGGAUGAGGAGCUCGCUGCAUUUCGUACUCCUAAGGGUAUUUAUUAUAAAGUAAUGCCCUUUGGUCUCAAAAAUGCUGGAGCCACAUAUCAAAAAUGCUGGUUCCGCUUAAGCAGGUCUCGGGUUCGAAACCUGGCGUAUGCAGCUACCCUUGUUGGGAGACUCACCCACCACAACCAGAAGUUAAAACACUACUUUCAAGCACAUAGCGUGAGGCUCAUUUCCAGGGCGAAUCCCAUAAAAUAUGUGAUGAGCAGACCAAUACUAUCCGACCGUCUAGCUAGAUGGUAUCUUCAACUACAGCAGUUUGAAAUUAUUUAUGUGCCUCAAAAAGUUGUGAAAGGACAAGUUCUGGCGGAUUUUCUUGCUGAUCACCCUAUACCUGCUGAAUGGGAGUUAAGUGAUGACCUACCAGAUGAGGGUGUACUCCUUAUUGAGAUUCGCCCACCAUGGAAAAUAUAUUUUGAUGGUGUUGCACAUCGUCAAGGGGCUGGAGCGGGGAUUGUAUUCGUAACUCCUGAUGGAAGAAUAUUACUAUACUUUUUUACUCUAAAUCAACGUUGUUCAAACAAUGUCGCUGAGUACCAAGCUCUCAUACUUGGACUUGAAAUAGCUGUCGAUAUGGAACAGUUGGACAUUCAAAUCUAUGGUGACUCUCAAUUGGUGAUUAACCAACUCUUGGGAAGUUAUGAGGUCAAAAAGUCCAAAUUAAUUCCAUAUCACAAAUAUGCAACGCGACUUAUGAAGUGGCUUAGAGGUGCAAGUAUUAAGCAUGUUCCUAGAAGGGAAAAUAAGCAAGUUGAUGCAUUAGCUGUGCUAGCCUCUUCACUUGCCAUGCCGGAUCAUGAGAUACAAGUUCGUGUAUGCCAAAAGCGGUAUCAAAAAUUACCUGAUGAGCAACGUAGGAGAACUGACAUCCGUCGUCGUGCCCCUCGUUUUAUCUUGUACAAGGAUACACUGUACCGAAGAUCAUUUGAAGGUGUACUGCUGCGCUGUCUGAGCGAAGACGAGGCAUAUCGGACGAUGUACGAGGCACAUUCUGGAAUAUGCGGAGAUCAUCAAUCCGGUCCCAAGUUACAUUUUCAGAUUAAAAGGAUGGGCUACUAUUGGCCUACUAUGGUCAAAGAUUGCAUAGAAUAUGCUCAAAGAUGUCAAACUUGCCAGUUUCAUGCAAAUUACAUUCAUCAACCACCUGAGCCGUUACACCCGACCGUUGCUUCUUGGCAUUUUGAUGCUUGGGGCCUUGAUGUUGUGGGGCCAUUACCAAAGUCGUUCGGUCAACACUUAUAUAUAUUGGCUGCGACUGACUAUUUUUCUAAAUGGGCUGAAGUCAUACCGCUCAAGCAAGUUAGAAAGGAAGAUAUGAUAAAUUUUGUUCGUGUGAAUAUUAUUUACCGUUAUGGAAUUCCCCGAUACAUUAUCACUGAUAACGGAAAAUCUUUCUCCAAUAGCUUGAUGGAUAAGUUGUGUGAAAAAUUUAAUCUCAAGCAACGCAAGUCCUCCAUGUAUAAUGCCCCUGCCAAUGGCCUUGCAUGGCAUUCAACAAAACUUUAUGUAACUUGUUGA